AUGGUAUCGCUGGAUGAGGGAACAGAGGACAGCAAAGCAUCCUCGCGCGCGAUGAUCGAAGAAGAAAUACGGGAACUUCACAAGGCCAAAUCAGAUUAUCUCCAGACCAUCGACGAACUGCAAGCGCAACCAUCCUGCCCUCCGAGAAGAUUCGAAUUUGGAGAAAUACGAAAAGAAAGAGAAACCACGAUGCGCUGCGCAUUCUGCGACGCCAUUGGCGAGCAUUAUUCCGACUCCUGUUAUGAAGUGCAAUCAGCAGAGGAAAGGAGACAUCUUAUUACCGCAAUAGGAGAUGCAUUAUGUGCCUAG